AUGAAUAAUGAUAAUCCAAACUAAUAUCGAUCACCUUAAUAAAUACCAUCAUCAAAAAAACCAAAUAUUGAAAAUUUUCCACCUCAAAGAAAUACAAAUGAAUUUAUAAAAUAGAUGAAAAAAAGAGUAGAUCAACCUCCUCUUAGUGUUAUGACUUAAAAUUCUUAAAUUAAAGAUACUCAAUCUAUUUUUAUUGAUAUUUCAAGAAUUGAAUAAUAAUCAAACAAUUCAAAUAAUAGUUUUUUUGACUAAUUAAAAUAACCAAUAUUACUAUAAUGUCAUAGAUCUAAUUAACCAUCAAAUUGCACUACAUAAAGAACAAACAGGUAUGAAAUGUAGAGAAAUAGUAAACCUUAUUUAGAUUAAACUGAUAAUAUGGGAUUACUUUUGAUUUAAUAACAAAUGUUAUAAUUGUAAAAUGAAAAUAUGAUUUUAAAAUAACAAUUAGAAAAACAGGAAAGUUAAAGAUUACUUUUUUAAUAAUAAUUACUUUAACAAUUUUAGUCAUAAUAAUAAUAAUAAUAACCCAUUGUUAUUAAUAAUAAUAUAACAUCAUCUGAAAAAUAGUAAUAAUAAUCAAAAUCUAUUUCACCUAUGAAUAUUUAAACUGAAUAAGAAUCUCCACCAAACUAAAUAUAGCGUAAAAAACAAUAAUCAUAAGCCAUUUAGACUGAUAAAUCAAUUUUAGAUUAAUCUAUAAUCAAUAUAAAUGAAUCCUAUUAAAAUGAAUCUUUUUGUAAUCAAUCAAAAUUAAUUAUAUAGUAAUAAUCAUUAAUCAGACCUCUUUAGUAAUAAAAUAUAGAAUCUCUAACAUUUGGUACUUAAUUAUCUUAAAGAAAUCUUAUUUCAUAAUAAUCAUAAUAAUAAUUACAAAUCUAAACUCAUGAUUCCUAAAGUCAAAAUUAAAGUUAUUAAUAAUUUAAUUCAAAUUCUCAUCAAUUCUAAACAGAAAACAUAUAAAAAGAUGAUAUAUUUCAAAAUAAAAAUGAUAUUUAAAGAAAAUAUUCUUAAAUUUAAAUUCUUAGUUCACCUGCAUAAUAAGAUUAAAGUUAUAGUGCACAUAAUCCAGAUAUACGAAAACAAUCUCAGCCAAGUGUAAAAUUAGAAUUUAAUUUUGAAGAUGGUAUAUAAAAUGAAUCAAGUAAAAAAUGUCUAGCAGAUUAUUUCACAUAAAGAAAGAAAACAGCUAAUGUUGAAAGGAGAGUUUCAGUCUAAGUGCCAAUAUAAGAGGACGAUUAAAGUUGGAUAGUAAAUGUUAAAUAAAGAAGUAAAGAAGAAUAAAUCAAAUUAAGAAAAGAAAUGAUGGAAUAUGGAAGAAACAAACGAUAACAAAAUAAAAGUCAAACUCCAAUAAAUGAAGACAAAAAUAGUGAUAGAAAAGAAUAAAUUAAAAGAGCCAAGAGCCCAUUGAUGGAACGAUUAGCUAUGGGAUAAAAGGCAAAAGUAAUGUUGAACUUAUUUAGGUUGAAGAAAAAGAAAUGUUUGCAUUAACAAAAAAAAAUUAUGAAAAUUUACCUGAAGUAAAAGGUAAAAAGAAUUAAGAAGAAGUUAUAAAGCAAAAAUAACUAUUCAUGAAAGAAAGAUAAAAUAAAUUAAAAGAAUUAGAUGAGGUAAUUAUUUUCCAUAAUUUUAGAAAAUUAAAGAAAAAAUGAAAAAGCCAUGA